AUGAUCCGAGUGCUCCUCCAAGAUUUCCACACGAGACUUCGUAAGUACGGUCAAAGGAUUGACCAAGAAAAGACCAGAUGCUGUGAGUUCAUGGGUGAGAUCGGUAUGAAUCUGCUCCUGCGGAGGAUAGCUGAACAAGCCCGCGAACAGAGCAUGAUACGCGACGCAGCACUGGAGAACAAAUUUCGAAAGCUGCCCAAUCCAACGUCGCCCAGAAACGACAAACGGGUGCACAACCUGUCAUCAAAGGAGCUGACGAAGGAUCAGAUGCAGGUUUUACGGCACGAAGCUUCAUGUUUAGCCGACCAUGCCAUAUCAGACGCUUACAGACCUUUUGGCAGCUGAUGUCAUUGACUAUUACGCACACUUUACUAGUGUGUACUAAUUCUGUCGCCCUUAGUCUAAAAAUUUAAACGUAAACAGUCGUAUUCGUUUCCACCCGUAGUAUUGUCUAUGUCGUUUUUCACACGAAGCAAGAGCUUACGAGUUUGGUGCCCACGAACUUCUCUAGAACACUGUUGCAAAGUGUUUAUGUGAAUGGCUGCGAAAACGACAGCAUUUUGUGGGGACAAACGGCAAAAGUACACGAAAACGUCAAACGAUGUACGGAGACAUCAGACGAAACUCCCCCCCAAUUGUCUACUUGUCGUUGAAACGCGCCUCCAUCGCGCACGUAUUGUCCACCACCCCGUGAAAAAACAUCGUACGCUAUGAUUUUCUAGUCGAAAACAGAGCCAAAAUACUUAACGUUCUAUAUUUAUCCCACCUGGCGCUGAAAUUUGCGGCUUAUUCUUUUUCAAAAAGUUCCGAAGAAUUUACUUCAAGUUCGUCCAUUAACGACCUCGGAGAUGAAACAAGGCAAAGUGAAAGUGGAGUUUAUACACCAGAAGACAUAAGCGGAGGGCCGGGGGACUCUCUGGUGAACCAAACCCCUUAGUAGCUGCGUCAGGCAGGGACAUAAGACCGACAAAGCACGCAUGUCCGGGCCUUUAGCUAGUACCCGUGUUGUCAGUAUGGUAAAUAAUUACACAACUAGGGUAUGUGAUCUCACUACGCAGGCAGGUGUAAGAAUGCUUGGUAAUCCACAAGGUUUUAUUCAGUAGGCAGGCUCUGUUGUGCAAUCACUCUCGAUCGUCCACAGGUUAAUACGCGGACAUGUAAUCAGGCACAAAAUUUGGAGAGGCCGCUUUUAUUAACUUCAUAGAGCCAUUGGUCUUAAUGUUGACCAAACAGUGCAAUCUGCACUAGCGUCCUUCAUCUGCAUAUCGCAUAAUCUAGCGAGUUUUUUCGUCACAUAUUUCCAACCUUCGCGAAAAAAAGCACCAUGGUUGGGCGCGGGUCUAAGUCCACAUGAUCGCUCUAUCUGAGGCAAAUACACACAGCCCCAACCGCGUGUUUUUUCGCCUAGGAGUGCGGGCAUUGACAGAAAGGCGGCAUGGUACCUUCUCCCUAUAGCACCUCUCUGUCAGUCGAGUUCAGCCGAUUGUUACUUCUCCACGGGGCGUGUGUACCGACGAGUGAGCACCUGACGACGAGUCAAAAAGUGCAUGGAAGGUCAUCAGUCGAAGGCCGAUAGUGUGCCAUGAACGGAGACCAUGAGUGUGUCUUGCAUACUCUCGACGUCAGUCUUCCAGUUCCCGCUGGGUUUCAGCAGCAGGAAGAUUGGACCAGACAGCUCACCCCCUCCCCCCCCCCUUCAAGCGCAUGCGACUUGGGAGUUGGUUCCUGCUGUACAAAUGCACAUUUAAUGCACGGGUUUUCGGAUAUCAAAAAUGUUUUAAUGGCCCGCCACACACUACCUUUUAGUGUUGGUGAGUCAAGCUACCCAUCGGUUUGUUACAUUUCCACGAAAGGUGUUUGGGAUGCCGCGAUAUUUUCAUGGCUUAUCAUUUAGAGUUUGUUGACCGAUUUAAUCUCAGAUUCAACUGACCGCUCUCUUUGUUAGCAUAUCAUACUCCACGAUCAAGAGCGAGUUUAUUUGAUGCUGUCUAACAUUGCAUUUGCAUUAUUUGCAACUGAGAAGGCCGUGAACGGCGUUCAGCUAUGACGGGAAAUAUUCAUAGGUGUAGCGGUUGUAACAGCCGGAGAUCUGACCAGAGACCCAACCUUGAGUGUUUUAAUAAACUGUCACGCUAAAGGUAUUCUUUUUCCGUUUACCUUGCAGGAGCUACGCCUUCGAAGCCACGUGCCGACGAAUAACCUCCGAUUCCUCCCGAUAA